CAUAGCGUUUGUGCAGAGGCUAAAAGGGAUUUCUUGAUUUACUGGACCCUAAAUCAGUGGAAAGUGCCUGCCCAGCUCCAAUUAAUUCCUUUUCUUCUUCUUCUUUUUCUUUCCUGCAGCUUCUGCCCUGGGAGAAAAGUCCCCCCUCCGUCCCGCUGAGUUGGAGGAGGAGAAGGAGGGGGGCGCUGCCUCGGUGGCGGGAGGCCCGGCUGCCCGGAGGAAGUGCCUGCUUCACCUCCGCCUGGAAGUGAAAGCGAGAGGCAGGCCAAGCGGCGGCUGAGCUCGGCGUGGCGGGCUGAUCCCGGCUGGCUGGCCGUGGCGCCUCGGCUCUCUCCUGCAGCCCGCGCUUUCCCACCAUGUCUCAGGGCAGCAGACGAGAGGAGGCCCGAAGCAGCGGCAGCAGCAGCAGCCGCAAGCGGCACCGGAGCCACAGCGAGUCCCAGCCGAGCAGCAGCUCCAGCGGGGGCGGUAAAGGGCAGGGGCGGAAGGAGCAGAAGAGGAAGAAACGCGAAGUGCAGCAGAUUCAACAGAUCCAGCACCUGGAGUCCUUCUAUGAGAAACUUCCUCCAGGGCUAAUUAAGGAAGAUGAGACUAAACCGGAGGACUGCAUUCCUGAUGUACCUGGAAAUGAAAAUGCACGAGAAUUCCUAGCACAUGCUCCCACAAGAGGCCUUUGGAUGCCACUAGGGAAAGAGGUCAAAGUUAUGCAAUGCUGGAGAUGUAAACGCUAUGGACACCGAACAGGGGAUAAGGAAUGUCCAUUCUUCAUUAAAGGCAAUCAGAAGCUAGAACAAUUCAGAGUAGCACACGAAGACCCCAUGUACGAUAUAAUAAGGGAAAACAAACGCCAUGAGAAGGAAAUGCGGAUACAACAGUUGAAGCAACUCCUUGAGGACUCCACUUCAGAGGAAGUUAGCAGCAGCAGCAGCAAGAGUUCCAGUUCUUCGGAGUGUCAUGAAAAACAUAAGAAAAAGAGAAAAAAGAAAGAAAAGAAAAAGAAGAAGAAGAGAAAGCACAAAUCUUCUAAAUCAAAGUCAUCUGAAUCGGAUUGAGGAGAUGGCGCCUCGGUGAUAAACUUGUGAUGUGUUGUGAAGCAUCCAAAGAAUAAUCAUCCCCAAAGGGCUUUGGAAUAGUUUCAGGGCACAGCCCACCGCCCGUUCAUGUGCUUCCUUGGUGUUAUUUUGUGAGUUGCCCCAUCAAGAGGUCGUCCCACUGUAUCUCCACAGUGCAUUUUUCACCACACUUGAGCAUAAAGAAAAAGUUUGGUUGUUUGGUACAAGUGGUGUCACUAAGAGAAAUUGCCUGCGGCAUGCGCAUGCUAUUUUUCCUUCCUGAGAUUUUCACCUUAGCAAUUUUUGUACCUGCUUCUUUUUCAGCCUACCAAGACUUUAAAACUCAGCCUUGGGGUUUGCAGGUAGGGGAAAGCAGUCAGUAGGGAAGCUUGAAAAAUGAUUCCAGAGGUGUUCACAAAUACCUCUUGGUCCUGGCCUAGGGGAAUAAACAGCAACCCUUUAGGUUGACAUAAGCAAGAUCUCUAUGGUACUCCAGAUGGCCAGGAUUUGUUGGAUGAAGACUAAGGAAUCUGGCCAGUCAGAUUCUGAGGCAAAAGGUAGGAAAAUCAAGAACUGAAAACAGACUUGGUGUGGACUUUGCUCUAAUUGCCUUUAGCUAAACUUUUUUUUUAAAAGGUGGUUUUGUUCAGAACCUUGUGAUUCAACACAGAUCAUUAGUGUCAUAGAAACUGGUCGGUCUGCUACAACUCAAGAAAACUGUGGCUUUAGUUGAACUCUAAUGUCAACAGAGUUCUUCUUUCUUUAACUUAAAAACAGCCUGCACAACUUGUGACUCCACAAGCUAAACACAGUCCACUAGCCAUAUAUGACAGACUACAAAGGACUAAUCAAGCCUCCUGUUUGGGCUAUGUGCUGUUGAACUGUAAUAGAAGGGGUUGCCAGGCAACCAUACCAUGUGGUGCAUUUGAAUUGCUGGAUCACAAGUUGUCCAGGUCUGACUUAAAGGUCUCAAUGCCAGGUGAAUUACUGGUAGGUUAUAGUUUAUUUUGACUAUUUUCAUGUAGCCAUGGCAAGCCUUUUAAUAGAGCAAAAUGAUAAAAAUACAAAUCCGCCUCCUAAUGUUAAAGAGGCAUGCUUUAUCACAGCCAAGGCAUUCAACAGGGUUUGCAUUGGCCUUAACACACUAGAAAUCUAAGCUGCAAUUUCAAUUUGGUCUUCUGUGAAUCCUAUUUCCCCCCCCCCCCCCCGGUUUUUGCGAGUGCUUGUGAUAAAUGUUGCCGCCCUAUUGAAUUGAAUCCACAAGCACUGAAAUCCGUCUUGCCAGUAGGUUUUUGUUUUUAAAAUAUAUUGUAAGUCUGAUUGCUAUGACAGCUAGAAAGGUGCUUGAAAAGGUAAAAAAUAUUUUCUGCAAGAUGUGUUGCUCUGGGAUGUUGAGUGUAGUUGUUAUAAAAGACUACAUCGUUAUGCAAUACCGCCAGGCCAUAUGUUUGAUUCCAAAGGGCACAAAUGUUAACAGUAAUGCAGCUGGUUUGUCCAAUAAAAGAACUGCUCAUUCA